AUGGUCGCGACGAAUAAAGGAGAGAAUACCGCAGUAAAGCCGAAGCGUGCAGGCUUUGGACUUGGUGGGUUUUUGCCAAAGGUCCCUCCGAUCUAUCGUAAAGAAAAGGGUCUUCAUGAGGGACAGGAAGCUGAAGAAGAACCUGUACAGGACGAUCAAACGAGGGAGUUGCCGAAUUUCUCCGGUGAGCGCCGUUCGCUUCAAGGGUCGACACCGGUCUCAUCUGCUACUGCGGUGGCAGCUUCUGCCUUUCGCCGUCGGGGAAUGUCUAUUGAACAAACAGCGUCAUCAUUCUAUCGCCGCAUGAGUUUGCGACCUUCGGCACCCGAGACGACAGAGACCGCUAAAACGUCACCGACUGGCAGUUUGAAUACUUCACCAUCACCUCAAUCCGAUACGGAACUUUCAAUACGGCGUGGAAUGUGUGUGGCUACAAAGUAUGGUACAGGCACAGUACUCGACGUACGAGCGGCUGACGGCUUUAUUGUGGUACAAUUGGGACCGAAGAGCAUUGCGUAUGUGCGCGAAGAUAUAAUAAUCAGGGAGAUCAAGAGUGUGGUAGGGGAACGAGUUAAAACCCGCUGGGGUAUGGCGACAGUUGAGCAGUAUUACGUCGAAGAAGAUAUGUACAGCAUUGCUCUGGAUUGGCGCUGGGACGAUGAACAUGUUUGGCGCAUGAAGGCGACGACGAAGAAGUUUGAAAAGGUGAAUCCACGUGGAACUUUGAUUCAAAAUACGAAAAAUCGAUUGUUUGAAGGAUAUAGCUCACUUUGGGAAAGCGUUGGCAAGCUUAACACCACUUCCAAGAGCGGCGUACCUCCUACCAAGCAAGACGCAGUGGAACAGCCGACUCUAGGCACAGCACAGACGCCGUUUGGUAUUUGUACAGUGCUAGAAGUACGAGCAGACACGUUUUUUGUAGUCAAGACGGCAGAUGGUUCUAUUGCAUACUUAAACCCCGACUCGGUGCGAAUGUUGGGACGACGGACGCAUUUUGUUAAAGGCGAUCGUGUGAAUACACCGUACGGACCUGGACACAUUGUCCACUUUCGUGAAGACGAUGAGACGUAUGCAGUUGAGCUUGAAACGCUAUCACUGGCUGGUCAAGCACCGUUGCUAUUUAUCAGCGACACGGCUGCUGAGACAGAUUUGACGCACGCCCCUGCGGCUGCGAAUACGCGUCUAUCGUCAAUCUUGAAUAUCACGCGCACAUCUAUGAUGAAUGCGGGGGAGAGAAUGCGAAGUGCAUCGAUUGCAGCUGGAGGUCUCCCUACGCUACCUGCAAACCUGCCUACACUUCCAGGUGGUUUACCUACGCUCUCUAGUGUCAAAGCCAGAGUAUCAACCAUGGCAACCAUUACGAUGGCCCCAAAAACAAAAUUUCACAAGGAUGAGCGGGUACUUACAACAUUUGGAUCUGGUUUUGUGACGGAAGUUCGUCCUCUUGACAAAAUUUACCGCGUAUAUCUACGCCGACUCAAAUUUUCUGGCUAUUUCUACGAAGCGAGUCUUGCUCCUUUUCCAUACGAUCGUGUCACGCACUUUGUUGUGGAUGGUCGUACGAUACCAGCGCCGCCUAUUCCCAAGAAUGCGAGCGACUACAAGCGUCGUGCUGUGAUUACGAAGGCGAUCAAGUCGGCUAGGGCCGGUACUUACCUUCCUGCAACGGUUUUAACUCAAUCGAAAGAAUCAAAGCACGAGAUUCCAGAGGCACCGAUUCAUGCAGCUGAUGCGACUGUCGCCGUUAAUGUCGCGUCUGUCCCUGCACCAGUGUCAGUCGCGGAAUAG